AGGGAACACACCAAUAGACGGAUUGGCUUCGUUAGUUUCCGACAAUCUAAAAUAUGGGGAAACCAUGAAAUCCUUGCAGGGGGUUAUUAAGUUGGUUGCGUUUUCUUUAAAAUAUAUAUCAGUCCAGAUUACCACUCAGGUGACCCGUAACUGUAUGCAAAGAAAGUUCAAUACUGACGGAGGCUAAUUUAGCUGCUAACGAAUAUUUCUUAACCGGAGUUGCUCUGUACCAGUAACCAAGAUGACGACAAAGCGUUUGUUGCUAGUGACGUGUAUGGCAGUGUUGAUCAGCUAUGCCUUAAGUCUACCCGUCGAUAACAAUGCCGACAGCACAGUUAAAGAACUUAAACAGUUGUUGAGCAAGCGCGAAUUUUCCGAAGAAGAGAAGGUAGAGAUCUUGAAGCUGCUAUAUGAUUUGAAGAAAGGACCUUCGAAAAAGCUUCUAAGCCUCAUUGAAGAAUACAAUCUUGAAGGAUUGCUUGAAGGCUCUGACAGUGUUAAGGAAAAAGCCAAGAAGAAAGCUGCCUCCAACCACAAAACUCACAAGAAACACACGAAAAAGAACAAAAAGACAAAAGCCAAUGAUGCAAUAAGUACAAGUUUGGAUGAAGCUCUGGCUAUGAAGUCCAUAGAACACAUGACUGCUCUUACCGCUUGGUGCGCUGAUCUGAAAGAUUUGGGACCAGAAACAGAUGUUACCGAACGUGCAUUGAAAAAUGAAGCACUGGCUGGCUACAUCGAAGGUGCCGUAGAAAUGCUUAGCCGUACAUUGGGAGAAGCUGGAGACACUGAAGGGAGUUCUGAGGGAUCCGCAGAAGGAAGUGCUGAAGGAAGCGCUGAGGGAUCCGCAGAGAAUGAUGGGAGUGAUCGUAGUGAUGAUGAUAAAGACGUCGAUAUGUCCAAAAUAUCGGACAAGAUCUCGAAGAAGAUGCGUGAAAUUUGCACUUCUUUGAACAGCCUUGGAGCCAUUGGCCUAAAAAUAUAUCAUGAGACAAAAGAUAUAUUUGGUGACGAUGUGAAAGUUGAGACUAGGACUGUAUCAACUCCGAUCGAAGCUGGUGUGGCAGAAAGUAAAUUAACCAACGAUUUGAAAAUUCAGACCAGAACUUACUCUCCGAUUUCAAGAAGUUACAAAAACAACCAGCAGACUGGCAGUCUAUUGAAGACGGAGGAAAGGGCAGACUUAGGGAAAGAAAUGGAGUACGAGAUCGAGAUUAAUAGAAUUAUGAAAGAACUUCAUGACAGGGCCCGUGCGAUUGACGUGCAGAAGAAGACUAUGCUUGAAAAGAAGGGCAAUGUUGAGGAACGUAUCACAGAAUUACUUUUGAAUCGUCUAGCUUAACUUGAGACCAUUCUAGGAAACAAUAUGCUGAAAGUGGUUGAACCCGACGUUGUCAAGGACAUUUACUUUUUGCAUCCCUAAUGCAGUCAACAAUUUAUCCUUCAAUUCAUGAAAUGGUGAUGUGAUGCCGAUGUCAUUAGCAUAAAUAUAUCGAUUUGCAUUAUAGUACAUACGUACACCUUUGCUCGUCAUGUAUGAGACACAACCUAGUAAUGUUAAUAAUAAUUGUCAAUUUAUCAAAGCAGUACGUAUACGUUAAUAACUUAAAUCUGGUUAAUUUAAAGAGUACGUUUACAACGUAUUUUAUAUAACACUGUCAACAAUUGCAACGGAUCAUCUCCAAUCAAAGACUGUAAAAUAAAUGCAUUACAAUACACUAAAAACGAUACUUCAUUUGACUUACUUACCUUUCUUAUUCUUGAAAAAUUGAAGACGAAUAAUGAC